AUGAGACAGCGUCGGAGGAUCGAACUUCGGAAUGAUUACGAUUGUGCAAUUCAGUACCACCCGGGCAAAGCUAAUGUGGUAGCCGACGCUCUUAGCCGAAAGGAACAUCUAAAAUCCAGACGAGUUCGAGCUUUGCAACUCACCAUACAUUCUGGGUUACCCAAGCAAAUUCGAAAAGCACAUAUCAAGGCAGUGAAAGAAGAGAAUCUGAAAGUAGAAUCCCUACGCAAGAUGGAACGCGAUUGGGAAGUGAAACCAGACUGCACAUGGUAUUUCAUGAAUCGUAUAUUGGUACCUCUCUACGGGAAUCUGAGAGAACUCAUAAUGAACGAAGCCCACAAGUAUAGAUACUUUAUCCAUCCAAGUUCGGAUAAGAUGUAUCGUGAUCUCAAGACGACAUAUCUUGGUGGCCAAACAUGA